GGAAGGAGCCAGGAUGGCCUGGGCUCUGAAGCUGCCUCUGGCCGACGAAGUGAUUGAAUCCGGGUUGGUGCAGGACUUUGAUGCUAGCCUGUCCGGGAUCGGCCAGGAACUGGGUGCUGGUGCCUAUAGCAUGAGUGAUGUCCUCGCAUUGCCCAUUUUUAAGCAGGAAGAGUCAAGUUUGCCUCCUGAUAAUGAAAAUAAAAUCCUACCUUUUCAAUAUGUGCUUUGUGCUGCCACCUCUCCAGCAGUGAAACUCCAUGAUGAAACUCUAACAUAUCUCAAUCAAGGACAGUCUUACGAAAUUCGAAUGUUAGACAAUAGGAAACUUGGAGAACUUCCAGAAAUUAAUGGCAAAUUGGUGAAGAGUAUAUUCCGAGUGGUGUUCCAUGACAGAAGGCUACAGUACACUGAGCAUCAGCAGCUAGAGGGCUGGAGGUGGAACCGACCUGGAGACAGAAUUCUUGACAUAGAUAUCCCAAUGUCUGUGGGUAUAAUCGAUCCUAGGGCUAACCCAACUCAACUAAAUACAGUGGAGUUCCUGUGGGACCCUGCAAAGAGGACAUCUGUGUUUAUUCAGGUGCACUGUAUUAGCACAGAGUUCACUAUGAGGAAACAUGGUGGAGAAAAGGGGGUGCCAUUCCGAGUGCAAAUUGAUACCUUCAAGGAGAAUGAAAACGGGGAAUAUACUGAGCACUUACACUCGGCCAGCUGCCAGAUCAAAGUUUUCAAGCCCAAAGGUGCAGACAGAAAGCAAAAGACAGACAGAGAGAAAAUGGAGAAACGAACACCUCAUGAAAAGGAGAAAUACCAACCUUCCUAUGAGACGACCAUACUCACAGAGUGUUCUCCAUGGCCUGAGAUCACGUAUGUCAAUAAUUCCCCAUCACCUGGUUUCAACAGUUCCCAUAGCAGUUUUUCUCUUGGGGAAGGAAAUGGUUCACCAAACCACCAGCCAGAGCCACCCCCUCCUGUCACAGAUAACCUCUUACCAACAACCACACCUCAGGAAGCUCAGCAGUGGUUGCAUCGAAAUCGUUUUUCUACAUUCACAAGACUUUUCACAAACUUCUCAGGGGCAGAUUUAUUGAAAUUAACUAGAGAUGAUGUGAUCCAAAUCUGUGGUCCUGCAGAUGGAAUCAGACUUUUUAAUGCAUUAAAAGGCCGGAUGGUGCGUCCAAGGUUAACCAUUUAUGUUUGUCAGGAAUCACUGCAGCUGAGGGAGCAGCAGCAACAGCAGCAGCAACAGCAACAGAAGCAUGAGGAUGGAGACUCAAAUGGUACUUUCUUCGAGAUGGGUUCUCCCUAUGUCACCCAGGCUGGUCUGGAACUCCUGAGCUCAAGCAAUCUCCCUGCCUCAGCCUCCCAAAUUGCUGGGAUUAUAGGUGUGAACCACCACGCCCAGCCAGUUUACCAUGCUAUCUAUCUAGAAGAACUGACAGCUGUUGAAUUGACAGAAAAAAUUGCUCAGCUUUUCAGCAUUUCCCCUUGCCAGAUCAGCCAGAUUUACAAGCAGGGGCCAACAGGAAUUCAUGUGCUCAUCAGUGAUGAGAUGAUACAGAACUUUCAGGAAGAAGCAUGUUUUAUUCUGGACACAAUGAAAGCAGAAACCAAUGAUAGCUAUCAUAUUAUACUCAAGUAGGAGGGUGGCAUUUCGUGCUCAGUGGCUGCUGCUUGCUUCACCUCUGAAAACAGCCCUCUCCAAGGGGGAUAUGAAUGGAGAUUUGAAGGUCUGCAGGAACCUGACUCAUCUGACUGUGUGUGGAGGAGUCUAGGCCAUGGAGGCAGAAUCCUGGCCCUCUGUGUUGACCCAAACUCUUGUGGCACACACAGAUUACUGCCCAAUAUGCAGUUCUGCAGCUAUUUCUUAGUUAAAAUUUCUGGACCUUGUUGUUACUGAAUAUCAAUAGAAACUCUACAUCAUUUAGAUUGUAUGUAGGGCAUAAUGAUGAUGGGAAUUGUGUGAUGUUUAACAGAAAGAUCUUAAAUUUUGUGACAUGGAGCCAUGUAAUUUUUUUCUUAUAUAAAAAUGGGUAUCUAUAUUCAUAA